AUGGUGUUUGACUUCGAGGCCUUCGUGGAAGAGCCUUCCCUUGAGGAGUUGAACAAAUGCAAAAAGAAAGACCUCAUAGCACUUGCUGUGCAUUUUAAUAUUCUAUAUUCCAAACAGAGCAGAAAGGACGAGAUCCGGGCGCUGCUUGUGGAUGGCUUGGUGGAGUUGGGCCUGCUCUCGCAACCAGUGGCUUCUGAGGGGACUGAUGAGAGUAUCGUGCCUGCGGGAACCCCAAAGCGGGAGGAGAAACCUGGACCUUCAGAUGGUUCUCCCCCUGGGACAAAGAGAGCGGGCGCGGGGGUUGAUGAACCGCCUAACCCUCUGUUCACCCUCCCCCGGUAUGACCCACACUCUCCUCCCACCUCUCCUCGGUCCUUGGAUGCUGCCCGACGCGCUGUGCGCCUGGCACGCAUUAAAAUGGAAGCUGAGCAGAAGGAACGGGACCGCAGUGCCGAGCUCGAAUUUCAGGUGCGCAAGCUCGAGAUAGAGGCUGACAAAGACGUCAAACUGCGCCGCCUUGAGCUGGAGGCUGAAGGUCGCCUCCCUCCCAGUCCUACUCCCGGCCCUGGACCCACCGCGCAGGCUGCAGCCCACUCCCCAUCCGUUCACGGCGGCGCCCUCGAUUACCACUGUAAGUACCACCGUAAGUACCACCGUAAGUACCACCGUAAGUACCCCUGUAAGUACCACCGUAAGUACCACCGUAAGUACCACCGUAAGUACCACCGUAAGUACCACCGUAAGUACCACCGUAAGUACCACCGUAAGUACCUAGAAGUACCACUGUGUCCCUGGCUGACCAAGGUAAUCUCUCCUGCAGUGCCUCUCUACAAUGGCCUGGUCUUCCUCUUCGUUCUGGCCAAUUUCAGUAUGGCAACCUUCAUGGACCCUGGCGUCUACCCCAGAGCGGACGAGGAUGAAGACAAAGACGAUGACUUCCGAGCUCCUCUCUACAAGAACGUGGAGAUCAAGGGCAUCCAAGUGCGGAUGAAGUGGUGCGCCACCUGUCACUUCUACCGGCCGCCGCGCUGCUCCCACUGCAGCGUGUGCGACAACUGCGUGGAGGACUUUGACCACCACUGCCCCUGGGUGAACAACUGCAUUGGGCGGAGGAACUAUCGGUACUUCUUCCUCUUCCUGCUGUCGCUGAGCGUUCACAUGUUGAACGUGUUUUCCUUCGGCCUGAUCUUCGUGCUGCACCAUCGAGAGCGGCUCAGCGCACUGCACACCACCGUCACUCUGGUGGUGAUGUGCAUCGCAGGACUCUUCUUCAUUCCAGUCAUGGGCCUCACAGGAUUUCACAUGGUGCUAGUGGCUCGGGGUCGAACAACAAACGAACAGGUGACGGGCAAGUUUCGUGGAGGAGUAAAUCCCUUCACCAAGGGUUGCUGUGGCAACGUGGAGUAUGUCUUAUGCAGUCCUUUGGCACCGAGAUAUACACUGGAUCCCAGGAAAAAGCCCCAUAUCAAAAUGCAGCCCCCGUUCAUCAGGCCGGACCUCUCCGACAGACAAGUCACCAUCAAGGUCAGCGACAACGGAAUCCUCCACAGCAACAUGGUCAGCUCAAAGUCCAAAAGCACUCUGGAUGUUCUGGAUGAAAAAGAAAUCCAGCCUCCUCUGCCUCCCAAAGCUGACAGGUACAAAAACCAGCUGACCUCCAGUGAAGAGAGCUCUCUCUCUGGAAAGACCCACCCCUCGACUCCAGCCAUGUACAAAUACAGGCCUUCCUUCAGCACCAUGCCAAAAGUGCACUAUCACAACUCUCAGGAGAAAAUUAUCAUGGGAGAGGAAUGUAAGGCUUCGGCCAUUCUGGAGGAAGGCGUACGUGGUCACGACUAUCGCUCUGAGCCCAACCUGGACCUGCCUGAAUACACCAACGCUCCGCUCCACCGUACCUUCCAGUCGUCUCCCCUGCAGCUGGACUCUGAUCCGGUGAACUCUCGCUCUCACAGCCUGAAGCAGGCUCAGCGGCGCUCUGAGAGGGGCCACCUCACAGCACUCCAGCCUCAAGCGGUCACCUCCACCCCUUACAAAAGCGUGUUCUCCCCGAACACACUGUCCAACAGGAACGGCAGCCUGUCUUACGACAGUCUGCUCAAUCCCAGCAUCUCUCCAGCAACUGCCACUGAGUGCAUGGCCCACCGCGGGAUGCCCACUAUGGGCUUUCAUUCUCCUUAUCUCCCCACUAAAAUGUGCCACAUUCGUGAACCCGAGAAGCAGAGGCAGCAGGUCCCAAACACCUACAGUCCUGUGAUGCCAGUCCGAGUGGGCAGACAGUCCCCUCACCAAAGGGACCGGGACCCCUCUCCAGUGCGCUAUGACAACCUGUCCCAGUCCAUCAUGGCCUCUAUUCAGGAGAGGAAGGAGAUGGAGGAGAGAGAAAAGCGCCAGAUGUUCCAUGGGCGCUCACAGCCACAUAUUUAUGCCCAGGAUUCGGGUGUGUUUGAUGGGCCUGGAGGGUAUGGGCUUCCCCCUAGUGGAUGUUACUCAGAUGGGACUCGCUCUCGAGGCCCAACACCUCCUGCUUACAGUGGCUCUAGAGACAACCUGGUGGGAGUAGGUAUGUUAAACUAUGGCCAGCGCACCCCGGUCAUGCGUCACGGUGGCUCCACCAUGGGCCGAGCCCUAAGGACUUCCUCUACUUCACUGCAUACUGACCACAGCAGCUCCAACAGCAGCCAGGGCAGAGCCACCGAGGGCUAUCGCUCCCCCACACACCAACCUCACUCUCCCAGUGUCCCGCGCUCACCCUCAUACUCACACCACAAAUUCUCCUACAUGAACGCCCAUGAAAGGACAGAGUCCCCUCGCCUGGGAGCCCCAAGAGAAACCGUAAUAGUUAAUGGACAGAGGGCCUGCCACUCCAGUGCACCUGGCACCCCCCUCAGCCCCAGUCGACACAGUAGCGUCAAAAAGAUGACAGGCAUCGGGGGCACAACCUACGAGAUCUCUGUGUGA